AUGGCAGACGAGACACAACUCGCCAACGAUGUCCCUCAAUUCUCCUUCAAGAAACGAACUGCCAAGGCCAAAUCCAACUUUCGCAAGAAGCCAGCCUCCCCACCACCUGCCUCAGACUCCUACUCCGACUUCACCUCAUCCGAUGAUGAGGGCCGCAGAAUCAAAAGACGACGAAAGAAUGCAGCAGUUACAGCUUCGUCGACUGCUACCGUGGCCCGUAAAAAUGCUUCAGAGGAUCAACAAACUAUCAAUGCCACGCCAGCUCCUCUAGCAUCCACCAAUGAUGCGACCAAGCAAUCCAAUUGGCAUGACGAGGAGUUGAAUGAAAAGAAUCUUCUGGGAACGACACGGUCACGUCCAGAAUUGACUGCGCCUUCCACGGCUGAUGGAACCUACAAGGGUGCUGCCAAUUAUCAAUCCUUCAUCCAAAAGAAUCCGGACGCCCCAGGUAAAAAGUUCGGUCCAAUUAAAGCACCCACCAACAUCCGAACCGUCACCUUCACGGACUAUAUGCCCAACGUAUGUAAGGACUACAAACUCACCGGCUAUUGUGGUUUCGGAGACGGAUGUAUAUACCUUCACGCUCGAGAGGAUUAUAAACAAGGUUGGGAGCUUGACCGCGAAUGGGAGAUAAAUACAAAAGGGAAAAAUUUGGAUGGGAAGGUGGUGUCACAACGGAGUGGCGACGGUUCUUUCAAGGACGAGGAGGACGAGGAGGAAGCGCUCCUCGAAAAUAUCCCAUUUGCCUGCAUUAUUUGCAAAAAGCCUUACCAGAACCCGAUUAUCACGAAAUGUGGACAUUAUUUCUGCGAGUCAUGCGCAUUGCAGCGCUACCGGAAGAACCCAUCCUGCGCCGCAUGUGGGGCCGGCACGGGGGGUGUCUUCAACACUGCAAAGAAAUUGAACCAUCUACUCGAGAAGAAAAGAGAACGUGCACGCCGACGACGGGAGCAGGCUGUUGCGGAGGGUGAGGAAGUUAGCAGUGAAGGUGAAGAGAAUGUAGAGAGCCCCUAA